CCUGCGCCUCUGCUCCGGUCCUUCAGGUUUAUCCUCCGCGCGUCGAUCCGGAUGGAGACGUGAAACUGGCGCUUUUUUAACCGGGAUUAUGGACACGAAACACGUUUUAUCCGCGUGUCUCGCUCUGUUUUACGUUUCUAGUGUUUUUACGAACGAUAUUUUUAAUGGAUUUCUAUCAAAUUUACCAAAAUAUUCAGUUGUCCAGCCUCAAAUAAUCCACAGGACAAAGAGGAGCGCGGACACAGUGGGAAAUAAUGACACAGACGAGUCAAUUUCUUAUUUAAUCGAAAUAAACCGCAAGAAACUAAGAUUACAUUUGCAAAAGAACAGAGAUUUCCUGCAUCCAGACCUGUUUUCAGGAGACGAGUCCACAAAAGUACCUGUUCACUGUUAUUAUCACGGAGAAGUGGAGGGACACACAGACGCAGUGGUGGCUGUCAGUACAUGCUAUGGACUCAGGGGCAUCAUUGUACUUGAAGACGAGACCUACGGAUUAGAGCCAAUUCCCGAAUCGACCUCAAACCAACACAUUUUGUAUCGUUUGAGCGACGUAAACUCAGAGUCGACCACGUGUGGAGUUGUAGAAAGCGAAGAAAAUUAUGACGGACAAGCUCAGAACCAAAGCCAUUUUGAGCCGGGACGCUUUGUGCCGUCACUGCUGCGGAAAAAGCGUAAUUUGCCGACCACCAGUUAUGUGGAGCUGGCUCUGAUUGUGGAUAACCAAAGAUACAAUUUCAAGAAGAAAAAUGAGACCGCCGUUCGUGAGGAGAUGGUGGAAACGGUCAAUUUAAUCGACGGGUACUACAAGCCCCUGAACAUCCGCGUGAUGCUCGUUCAUCUGGAGGUCUUCAAGGACUCGAACCCCUUCAGCGUGGAGGGCGCACCCGGAGAAGUCCUGGGACGAUUCGCCAAAUGGAGGAGAGAAAACCUGAACCCCCGAACGCGCAACGACGUGGGGCAGUUUGUCAUUGGUCGUCCUGGUGCUUAUGGGAAUGUGCUGGGAAUGGCUUUCGUCGGGACCGUCUGCUCCUUGGCCAGCUCCGCAGGCAUCAACGUGUUCACAGACACAGCCACUCUGUCGUACUUCUCCACCAUCGUCGCCCACGAGAUCGGACACAACCUGGGCAUGAACCACGACCGUGAUGGCUGUGUCUGCGAUGGAAGUUGCAUCAUGGGAGCUGGAGGUGGAGCGGCGAGCUUCAGCAGCUGCAGUGCAGAUGACUUUGAGAAGCUGGUGCUGCGAGGAGGGGGAGAGUGUCUUAAAAACGCCCCAUCGCACUCAGACGUCGUGGGCAUCGCCAAGUGCGGCAACGGCCUCCUGGAGGACGGAGAGCAGUGCGACUGUGGAACCCCCGAGGAGUGUAAAGACAAAUGUUGUGAUGCAGCGACCUGUAAAUUCACCAAAGGCUCUGCGUGCGCGGCCGGGAGGUGCUGUCUGAACUGUCAGCUCAAAGUGGCUGGCACUCCGUGUAGACGCUCUGAGGACAGCUGUGACCUGCCCGAGUUCUGCUUAGGGACAAGUGCGUUUUGUCCAGAUGAUUUUUACCUGAUGGAUGGACUUCAGUGUCAGAGCGGAGCGGCGUACUGCUACGAGGGACGCUGCCAAACCUACGACUACCAAUGCAGACGAUUAUUCAGCCCAGACCCAGCCAAAAAAGCAGCAGAUAUUUGCUUCCAGACGGCAAAUAUUAAAGGAAACGAAUACGGCAACUGUGGCAGGAACAACAAGGACUACAUCAAGUGCCCCACAGCAGACGUGAUGUGUGGGAAGGUGCAGUGCACGAACGUAGACGCAAACAAACCUCCACCAGGGGGCAGCAUCAGUAACCAGAUCGUAAAUGGGACGACCUGCGUGAACGUGCACUUUGACCUCGGGGAGGACAUUCUGGACCCAGGAUACAGUAACCCGGGCAGCCCCUGUGCCCCGGGAAAGACGUGUGUGGAUUUCAAGUGUGUGGACGCUUCAGUUCUUCUGCCAAAACUCAACUGUGACUCCAAAACCACCUGCAACGGGCGAGGGGUUUGUAACAACAUGGGCCACUGUCACUGCGACGUGGGCUGGGGUCCUCCAGACUGCGCCUAUUCAGGACGAGGAGGCAGCGUGGACAGCGGACCGGCCACUAUAGAUCACUCUCUGAGAAAUGGACUCCUGAUCUUCUUCCUGUUGGUCGUUCCUCUUCUGGUUGUGGGAUUUCUCUUGUUUCUCUACCUGUUCAGACGAGAAACACUGGAGCCCUGCCUCAAGAGAACACACAAGUCUCGCAGCGCCGCAGACCGGACGUCCGCCCCGGCCCAGAGGAGCGUCCCUCGUCCCGCGCACACGUCCACCCAGCCCCCAGAGGCCCCAGUGGAGAGGCCUGGACACCCACCUGACACUGGAACGCCCGGGUGGAUUUAUGGAGAGUUGGAUUACUGGAACACAGGCCCAGAUCAGGGGGUCCAGGUGAGAUCUCCGCCCCACAUUCAAGGUCCCGGAGUCCCCAGGCCGAUCCCCCCGAUUCCCCCGAAGAUGGACGCAUGACCCCGGACCUGUACGGGACAUUUUAAAGCUCUCGUGUUCUGCAAAACGGACUUUUAUUUUGAGAUUUUAAACCAUGUUCUGAUGUAGUUUCCUCGUUCAAAUCAGACCUGGAGUUGUGCUUUGUUUCAUUCAGAGUAGAGGUUCAUAAAUGUUUGAAGAAUAAUAAUAUUAAAAUACACUAUUAAAAGGCUGCAAAAAAAAAUCAGAUUGAGAUUGAGACUGUUCAUGUUUAGUCUCCCUCUCAGGAGUUUCCAAACGUUUAGACCAGAAUCCACCAAAAUAACUGCAUCUGUCAUGGUCUUUGUGAAAUUAAUCAGUUUCAUAUUUUUUAUUUAAGUACUUUUUGAUACUACAGUACAUCUUCGUUUUCAUUUAAACAGAAAAAAAGCACAACAGAUUCAGUUUCACCUUAUUUAGCCUCCCAAGUACCACAGAUCUAAACCAGGUCUGUAACAGGACCAGCUCCAAACUAGAUCUAAACCAGGUCUUAAAUGGGACUAAACUCUUGGACUAAACCAAAGUAAAUGUAGAUAAAAUGUGCUCCUCAGUUUGAGAACCACUCUGAUCUUUCCAUGACUCUCAAUGUUUUCAUAAUCUUUUCUGUUGCUCCUGUUUGACUCCCCACUGUCACCAGCAGAGGGCGCUAGACCGAUCCAAACCCCAAACAAUUGACUCAAUGAAGCCUUUUCCACACACACAGGAUUUAAAUGAGCUCAGGGGAAUAUUAAAAACACGACAUGGAGCUUUAAAUCACUGUGGAACUUCAGGUGUUUACGUAAACACGUUAUUUUCACUGUGUCAUUUUUUUACAUGAAUUUAACUUUACAAAUUGUAACAACAACAGUAAAUAUUAUGUAUUUAAAGUUAAUUUGUGGAAUUUUUUGGAACUAUUUUGAAUGAACUGUAAAUUAAAGUGAGUUUCUAAUGUACAAACUU